AUGACAUCGAACAAUGCAGCAACAUGGAACGCAGGCGACAUACCAUCUGAUGGAAACAACUUGGUAGACUGGUCUUUUGAUAUAAAUGAGAUGUCCGACUGGUCUUUCGGAGAUCUGCCGUCAAUGGCACCCAUUGCACAGUCAUCAUCCGACAGCGGGAUAGAAUUGCACAACGGACCCACUGAAGGAACUGCGAUCAUCCAUAAAAUAUGUUGCCAGUGCACAAACGUUAAGUCAUUUGAGACAAUGAUGGACGAGAUUCGUAAAGUUGUUGCACAGGCGAGAGAAGACCAGAUGGACGCUGUCGAAAAAAGGAUUACAUCCUUGGAAGCUAGAGCCGUUCUCGUGGAAAGUAUUGUUCAAGAUGUCAAAGAGGGUGCUGGGAAGUUUAAGGGCAGAUUGGACCGUUAUUCCGAUGAGGUAGAUGAUUUGCAUGAGCGAAUCGAUAAAGUCAAUAAAUGGCUUGGGGACGCACACGAAAAGGUGGAAUUUCUGAUGGAUAUGGAAGAUAAGAAAGUAUAA